AUGGCUGUCAGCAAGAAGUAUGCUGGUUUGCCAGAUCUGGACGCUGCGCCCGAGGUAUAUGAAACGCCAGAACUAGCAGACGACGUCUCCACGGUACCGACAGGAACAGUGCGCACAAUUUCCCCCUCUCCUUCCGAUGAUGACGAAGCCCGCCCUGGUCUCGAUCGUCAACCACUCGACCGUGACGGUGCACGGCGGAGGUUUGAACCCUCCGUAGUCGACGCCCGGGAUGUCGACUUUUCAGACUCGGUCGGCGGCACCAGACGCGCAUAUCGGACGUGCAGUUCUCGACGGAGAAGACGAUGGCUUCAAGGGAGCGGGAUCGAUGAAGGAGGUGGCGAUCCGAGUGACAGCGAGGAGGAGACGCUGGCCACAAAAUUGGCGCGAUUGAGGAGAGAGGCCGAGGAAGUCAGGUUGGAGCUGGAGAGGAGGGAGAGAGAAAAAGAGCAAGAGAAGGACGAGGAUGGGGAGUUCAAGGACAGUCUGGAGGAACAGCAGCAACACAACCAAGGAGCUGGUGGAGCGGGUGGCGAGGACGAAGACAUGGACGUGGAUGGUGUGCGGGAACUCAGUCGAGUAUUGGAUGGUUUGAGCAUGAAGGCCAAAUUGAAGGCCGGCACCUCCGCGGAGGACGAAUUCAUGUCGAGAUUAAACUCGAGUUCACUCCGACAAGGCCGGCGGCAUCAGCAGCGAGAAAUCGGGGCGGUCUCGUCGAAAGAAGAAGCAGCACAAGCCGCGCCGGCCACUCUCUCUGCCGUGGCAGCCUUCUCCGAUCGUCUCACCGCCCUGGAAUCCGCCCUGGGCGUCUCCUCUACAAGUGCAGCUUCUCAGACGGGAGCCAUCCUGCCUACUCUGGCAAGCUUAUCCACACAGGUCACCACGUUAUCCGCCACCCUCGCACCACAAUCAAUCGGUGCAUCAGGAGAGACUCUCCCAUCCACGUCUGCGUCACAGACCAACACCGCGCUCCUGGAGACGAUUUCUGCCAAACUCAAGACUCUGAUCGCCGAGUCCGACCGACUGGCCGCAUCCCGCAAACAAGCUCUCGCCUCGCUCGCCGACCUGCACGACAAGCGGAUGCAACAACUCGUCUCCGCGACGGUGCAUUCAAACACCACCCGCCCGCGCCUUCGAGGACUGUCGACCACAAGCAGUUCCGCUGCCGCCAUCAAUGCGCACGCCAACGACAACAAGCAGGGAGAGCUCACUGACGUCGGUCCGGGCGAGGAAUCUCUCCAGAUCCAGAGCCGGCUGUUCUUGGACGAGCAAUCGGCCAAGAUCACGGCCCUGUACAACGUCCUCCCCACGAUCCAAAACCUGCAACCCUUAUUACCUGUCGUGCUGGAGCGGCUCAGGACAUUGAGCGUGAUCCACGACGGCGCGGCACAGGCGAAAGGACUCGUUGACGAGUUGGAAAGCAGGCAGGGGGAGACGAGGGAGGAGAUUGCACGGUGGAGGGAGGCGGUCGAGACGGUGGAGAAGGGCAUGGAAGAGCUGGAGGGGGUGAUGAAGGAGAAUGUCGAGGUGAUAGGUGGUAGAGUUGGCGAGAUGGAGGGCCGGAUUGGAAGGUUGGAGGGUGCCAGGUGA